UCCGUCUGCAAUCUGACGUGUGUUCUGUCAGAUUCUCUGGAUAAAUGACUCUUUGCAUUAUGCUGUAUUUACAAAAGAAAAAAGAAAAAGAGAAAUCCACUUCCAGUCUGCAGAAUUGUGUCUUUGUGCUGGAGCUUGCGCUACUGUCACUGUCCAGCUGCCGUGCCAAACAAUAAGCUUUCACCUAAACAUUUCUCUCCAGUGAAGUUCUCCACAAGCAGAGGCUGAAGCCGGAAGAAUCUGCUGAUAUGGGAACUUUCCGACUGAGAUGAUUAUCUGGAUCUUGCAGUCUGUGGAGAUUACUUGAAUUUCCUGCAGUUUGGAGUUUACAUUCUCUGUGUGCUGUCGCCGAGGGGGGAAAAUGACUAGAAUCCAUCCUCUCACAGCAAUGAUUUUAUGGGUCAUCCUUUUGACCGUGUUCCAAGCUGCAGCGCCUCAACGUGCCCCCCCUCGUGGACCCAGACCGGUUCCUGGGCGGGGCGACAGUCCAGAACCGACACCAGCGCCGCUGCCACCCGAGCCCACACCAGAAGGUUGUGAGACAACGAUCGACUGUCCCAUCAAGGUGUUCUUCACCAUUGACACCUCAGAGACCAUCGCUCUCCAGGAGCCUCCGCCUGGCAGUCUGGUGGAGAGCAUCAAGGAGUUCGUUAAGGUAUUCGCCCAGAAGCUCGAAGACGAGGAGUACAGGGGCCAGAUUCAGAUCACCUGGUCCUUUGGGGGCUUGCACUUCUCCCAGAAGCAGGUGGUCUUCAGUCAGCUGACAACAAGAGACACCUUCAUCAGGAGAGUCAGUCAGAUCAAAUACCUGGGCAAAGGCACCUACAUCGACUGCGCCCUCAAAAAUAUGACCCACCAGAUGACACAGCAGUACUCUGGGACAAAGGCGGUCCUCUUCUCCGUGGUCAUCACAGACGGUCAUGUGACAGGGAGUCCGUGUUCGGGGAUCAAGGUGGCAGCAGAGCAGGCCCGUGAUCAGGGCAUCCACAUUUUUUCAGUGGCAGCAUCCAGAAGAGUCGAUGAACAAGGGAUGAGGGAGAUAGCCGGCUCGCCCACAGAGUUGUACCGGGACAAUUACAUAGCCAUGGAGAUUGUUGAUGGAAAACCGAGGAUGAGCACGGAAACUAUUGAUCGUAUCAUGAAAGCCAUGAAAUAUCAAGCCUAUCUACAGUGCUAUAAACCUACAUGCCUGGCGGUUCCUGGGAUCCCAGGACGGAAAGGGUCCUCAGGUCCAAAAGGCGUUAAAGGUGACAGAGGCCAGACAGGACCAAAAGGUCAUAAAGGUAACCAGGGUGAUCCUGGGAUUGAAGGUUCAAUCGGACGACCGGGACUAAAGGGAGAAAUCGGUUUCAAAGGUGAAAAGGGUGAAGUUGGAUUAAUUGGAGCGAAGGGGGUGGCAGGUUCACCAGGCAGGAACGGUACUAACGGACAAAAGGGUAAAAUUGGCCGAAUUGGAGCUCCUGGCUGCAAAGGGGAUCCAGGUGACAAGGGCCCAGAUGGACACCCAGGAGACGCUGGUGACUCUGGACCAUCUGGAGAAAAAGGAGAAAAGGGGGACACAGGCCGCUCUGGAAAGCCGGGUCCUCCCGGCCCUGUGGGUAGUCAAGGACCAAAGGGUGAAAAGGGAAAUCCUGGAAAUCCAGGACCAUACGGAGAAAGAGGGGUUCCCGGGUUAAGUGGCAGACCUGGACCAAAAGGCAACCUGGGCAGAAGAGGGAGUCCUGGAGUGAAGGGGGCGCCAGGAGCUAACGGGGUCAAAGGAGCAAGGGGAGAUCAAGGACCGUCAGGGGACAGAGGUCGACUCGGGGAGGACGGAUUUAAGGGAGCUAAGGGAGGCCAAGGACUACCAGGACCGAGGGGUCAUCAUGGAGAACCAGGCGGCCCUGGAGGAAAUGGCACUGUGGGAAGUCCCGGAGACCCCGGACCAAGGGGGGAGCCUGGACAACCCGGACCUAAGGGAGACGAUGGAAGACCAGGAUUCGGCUACUCAGGACCGACAGGAGCAACGGGAGAAAGAGGGGAUAAGGGCAAGAAAGGACCCAGAGGGGCCAGAGGUGACUGCGGCGCCAAAGGCACGGCCGGAGAUAAAGGAGUACCGGGAGAGCCUGGGGAACCAGGCAAGCCAGGAGAGCCAGGAGAGAGAGGACCCCGGGGAGAGCCUGGAAAAGAUGGGGACGAAGGGCCAGCUGGGGGUCCUGGGCUCACUGACUGUGAUGUUAUGACAUACAUCAGGGAGACCUGUGGUUGUUGUGACUGUGAGAAGCACUGUGGAGCUCUGGACAUUGUCUUUGUGAUUGACAGCUCUGAGAGUGUUGGCCUGACCAACUUCACCCUGGAGAAAAACUUUGUUAUCAACACCAUCAACAGGCUGGGAUCCAUGGCCCCCGACCCCACGUCACCAACCGGAACAAGAGUUGGAGUUGUACAGUUCAGCCACAAAGGAACCUUUGAGGCCAUACGUCUCGACGACGCUUCCAUAAACUCCAUGUCGUCGUUUAAGACGGCAGUGAAGAACCUACAGUGGAUCGCUGGGGGCACAUUUACGCCCUCUGCACUCAAGUUUACCUACGACAACCUGAUCAGGGACAGCAAGAGAGCCCGCGCUAAGGUGUCUGUGGUGGUGGUUACGGACGGCCGCUUCGACCCUCGUGAUGACGACAGUCAGCUCAGGUACCUGUGCGAUGAUCCGGCUGUGGUGGUGAACGCCAUCGGAGUCGGCGACAUGUUUGACAAGAGACACGACAGUGAGACCCUCGUGUCGAUAGCCUGCAAUAACAAGGACCGCAUCACCGAGAUGAAGCAAUACACGGACCUGGUGGCUGAUAACUUCAUUCAGAAGAUGGAAACUAUUCUCUGUCCGGAUCCAGUGAUUAAGUGUCCCAACCUUCCCUGUGGAACUGAACUUGAUGUGGCUCCGUGCGUUCAACGACCCGUAGACCUGGUGUUCCUCCUCGACGGCUCAGAGCGCCUCGGGAUGGAAAACUUCAACCACGCCCGCCACUUUGUGCAGAUGGUGGCAAACACUUUGACGUUGGCCAAGACUAAAAAUUACCCAAACGGGGUUAAACUGGCGCUGAUACAGUUCGGCAAGGAGAACGAAAGCCAAGUGGCCUUUCUUCUUACGCACGACAUGAAGACCAUUGCUUCGGGUCUCGCAGGCUUACGUUAUCUUGAUGCUUCGUCAGCAGUGGGGCCUGCCAUCUUUCAAACCAUCAGUGAGAUCUUGGAUAAAGGAAGCACUCGCAAGACAAGACGCGGUUCUGAGGUUUCAUUUGUUUUCAUCACAGACGGCAUUACGAACACCACCAACCUGGACGAGGCAACUUCUGCAAUGCGCAGGCAACAGGUUGUUCCCACUGUGAUCGCCACGGGAAGUGAUGUGGAUGACGAAGUGCUGAUGCAGCUGGCUAUGGGUGACCGGGACGCCAUCUUUAAGGAACAGAAAUUUUCUGAUGUGUUAAAGCCUAGUUUCUUUAACCGUUUCAUCAGGUGGGUGUGUUAGAGAGACUGUGCUCAUUGUGGUCAUUCAUACUGGUGCUACUACUCCUACUUUAGUAUUUUAAUAGUUUAUUCAAGUUUUAUUCACCCUUGUAUGCUUUUCAGAAAUUAUGAUUAAUGUCAGCUUUGUACUUAUUUUACCUCAGCUGGAUGUUAGCAGGAAAAAGAAAGUGCAAAAACUGAAACAUGGAGUUUUUUUUUCUAAAAGAUCCUAAUUCCUACCUACACUGUUUUUUGUGUGCAUGUGUCUAACAAAAAAAAAAAAAAAAAAAAAAGAGUCAGUGCUUAAAGCUAACUGGCAAUGCCAGCAAGUACCCCUUCAUUGUCUACCUGGAUUAUUUUGGUUGAGCAUUUUCCUGACAUUUUAGUUUUUCGCUAUGUACCAAAAUAUCAAAUUACAUUAACUUCCAUUCAUCUGUAAAAUGGUGUAAAAAUACAAAGUGUGAAUUUAGUUUUACAUUUACCACAAACUCAGCCUUGAUACAAAACCAACCACAAAUAGGUACAAAUGAUUUGAUUAGACAGCCAAUGAGCAAACUGUUUUAGUAGCAGCUAAGACCAAGAUCAUUCACGUCUCACCCUUACUAUCCCAUUAUACCGUGGUCUGGGUGAAUACUCGAUUCUGAUUGGCUGCAAGGUGUCCGUUAAAAAGUGAUAUAAGACACCUAAAAUAAGAGUUUUGGUCAAAUAGCAUGAUUAUUCCAAAUUAUUGCACUGGCUCAAGCGUUAGCUGGUAACGCCAAGACUUUUGAAAAAAACAGAGAGCUGGUUACCUUAGCAGUGCCUCACAGCGAGAGAUAUUAAACAGAUAUUUCAGCCGCUUCUAAUGAAAAAAAACAUUAGUGUUAAUAAUUGAUAUUAUAUUUAUU